AUGGCAGUGCAUGUGUCUUCCCUGAAGCAGACGAACCAUGAGGCUUUAUCAAAGCGCCGGCCGAUGGCUGCACUGCUGUCAUCAUUGGGUUCCUUUUUUCGUCAUUACCAGUCCCUUGAGCGACUGGAUGGAGUAUUGUACUUCUCACCGGAUGGAUCUUCCUCGGAGUUUAGGUCGACCCAAGUUUCCCACUCCUUUCAAGCGAUCAUAGAUCAGCUGGUACAACAGCACCUGACCGAGAUCACAGAGCUUUCCCAGCUCCGUAUAUCCAACGAGGAUGAGAAUCGAAGUGCUCCAAUGAGUCCUCAAAGUUCUGCAAUGGACCAGGUGACUCAGGCGGCUUCGUUUGUCUCCCAGAUGGAGCUGGACAACUCGAAGAGAAAUCGUACUUCCUUCGGCCUUGGAGGUUCAGUUUCUGGAAGCAUGCAAAGUCUGCAGAGCGCCAGCGGCAACAACAGCCUCACUGGUUCGGCCUCAUUGGCCAAGAAGUUUCGCCACCAUGCCUUAGAAGCACGACGAACUCGACAUGCAGUUGAAGCGCGUCAGGUGUUGGAGGCCAUGGACUUCAAAGAUGAAACUGCAGAGCAGUUCUUUGAAAACGACAGCGAAGAUGGCGAUGAGUUGCUGCCUGCAUCGGGUCUCAAAAAGAAGGCGGAACGAUUUGGCUCCGACUUCGCCAGGUUGCCCUGUUGGGACCGCAUGUACAUUUGGCUACAAUCUCAUCGCUUUGAUAUGCUGAUCACAUCAUUGCUAUGUCUCAACGUAAUUUGGAUGGGCUUGGAGUUGCAAUAUUCUGGAGCUUGGACUGGAGUCAAACUGGGCGUCUUCAAGGACACGGUAGUCCCGGUGCAUUUGCGGCCAACAUUUGAUGUCAUGUUUAUGGUCGGAGACAACGUGUUUACGGCGCUGUUUACUGUCGAUGUAGUUGUGAGGAUUGUGGUCCUCAGGUUGAAGUUUUGGAAGAAUUGCAUGAACUACAUCGACGUGAUAGUGACCUUAGCAUCUUUGCUUCAACUCGUGAUCAGCACGUGGACGAAUGUGAACCCAGUUUUAUUUCGCAUCCUGCGUAUUGGCAAGCUGGCGCGAGCCUUGCGAGUUGUGACCAUGUCCAAUACUUUGGCUUCCUUGGAGCUGCUGACAAAGUGCUUACAGUCCAGUGUCGACAUGCUGUUUUGGUCCUUCUGUCUUCUGACGGGAAUCCAAUGUGUUGCAGGCUAUGGGAAUCCAAUGUGCGGGCCAUUUGAGUCACUAACGUUUGAAACCCUAAUUUCAAAAUUCGAUCCUGUUCCGGAUGUGUUUCAUUUGCACUCAACUUUGAUUUUGCUUGCACUUUGUGUGAAGCUUCUGAGGUACAAACAAAAAAUAUAG